CGUUUCUGUUGUUUAAAGGUGAUAGUGUUGGUGGCAGGGAUGCUUUCACUGGUUUGUUCUGGGGGGUCCCCUGUGCAGAGCUAACCCCUCUAGGGUGCUAUUUCGCAGCCUCCGACUCCUGCUAUUGGUCAGCGCGUGAUCAGAUGGUUCUCUUCCCUUAUGUCCCUGGUUGGCACGCGGCCAUCCCCCUUCAGCUAAAACCCAAUCUCCCAUAUACUGCUAAUAGCUAAACCGCUUGGACUAUAAAACGCAACAAAUCAUAAAGAGCAAGAGAAAGAACAGACGCUGUUCUUCUGGUUAACUAUUAUUAUUGUUAUUGUUAUUAUUAUUGUUAUUGUUAUUAUUUCCAAUGAGUUCUUAUUUUGUCAACUCUACUUUUCCGGUGAGCUUAGCCGGGGGUCAAGAACCGUUCCUGGGACAGCUCCCCUUAUAUUCCACGGGCUACGCGGAUCCUUUAAGGCACUAUCCCAGCACGUAUGGAACUGGGGGCGGUGGGGUCCAGGAGAAAGGUUACGCGGGCGCGCCUUACUACCAGCAAACCAACGGAGCUUACAACCGGAGUCCAGCCUGCGAUUACGGGACAUCUGGUUUUUACAGGGAGAAAGAGACAGGCUGUUCUCUUUCGAGCCUAGAGGAGCCUGUUCAAUUCGGCCAGGAACAAGCCCGGAAGUCAGAAUGCUCACAGAGCAAGCACGUUUUCGGGGACAACGAGGAUCAAAAGUGCUCCACGCCAGUAUACCCUUGGAUGCAGAGAAUGAAUUCCUGCAAUAGUUCCUCCUUUGGGCCGAGUGGCAGGCGAGGCCGGCAGACUUAUACACGCUACCAGACUCUGGAGCUGGAGAAAGAAUUCCAUUUUAACCGUUACCUGACCAGGCGCCGACGCAUCGAGAUCGCUCACGCCCUGUGUCUGACGGAGCGCCAGAUAAAAAUCUGGUUUCAGAACCGAAGGAUGAAAUGGAAAAAGGAAAACAAGCUCCUUAACUCCACUCAGCUGAGCGCCGAGGAAGAAGAGGAGAAACCAACGGAAUGAAAGAGCAGAACCGGGGAGGGGGGAGAAAGAAAGAGAGAGAGAGAGAAAGAGAGAGAGAGAAAAAGAGAGAGAGAGAGAGAAUGAAAACCGAGAGCCCGAAUGAAUGCAGAGUGAAUGAAUGAAUGAAUGAAUGAAUGGGGAAGAAAGCAGAAUGUCAACAGUUGGGGAGCUCCAGAAAUGACAACUCCUCCCACCCAAAAGGCACAACUGGGACAAACAUUUUUGUAAAAUAUUUGAGACUGUAUGGCGGUGUUGUCCUUUUACACCCUCACUUGCAUUGGAUUAUUGAAUUUGUCGUAUCAUAACCAUGUUUCUAGUCCAAUUUAUUUUCCCACCCUCUUUAUUGCCCCUUCCCUUUUCCACAGAUGGGAUUGUGGUUGUGUUUUGUUUUGUUUGAUUUACCUUUGGGUGUCCUCCUUAGGAUUCUUGUUAACCCUUGUAUUUAAGUGGAGGUGCUGCAAUAUAUGUGUCAGGUUUCGGGCUAUUUGAUUGUCUUUAUUUUGUAAAACAGAAGUGUCAUGCACGAUUUUACUUAUUUGUUUGCUUUUUUAUAUAAAAUUAAGUUAAUCAAGCCCUGGGUUCUCUGUCAUUUAAGGAUUAUUGUUUUAAGCAAAAUUAUAUUAAAAAGGAACAAUUGCAACCUAAAAA